AUGAUGAGGAGGAAAGAGUUAUUUGAGAUGGAUAGUCGUGGGGAUUAUUUUACGUGGUCUAAUAAACGUAUUGUGGGGACUAUUUAUUCUAGGAUAGACAGGGUCCUGGGGAAUGUUGAUUGGUCCCAAGCCCAAUUGAACACUACCAUUAAAAUUCUUCCCCCAUCUGUGUCUGAUCAUGCACUUCUUUACUUGUCUAAUCAUGUUCCACCUAGACAUGUUCAUAGGUUUCAAUUCAUUAAUUGUAUUAUGUGGGCAGAGGGUUAUAAAGAUGUUGUUAAGAGCUGCUGGGAUUUGCCUUUGGAGGGUAGCACAAUGUUUGUGUUAUGGAAGAAGCUAAGGAGACUCCAACCAGUCCUGAGAAAAUUGAAUAAACCUCUGAUUUGUGCUAAACAAAAUAUUUCCAAAGCCAUAAGUAAUCUUAUAAAGGCUUAG